CUUCUAGGCCGAUAACAACACUCACAGCACGGUCAUGUCUAGCGCCAUCUACGACGGGAACAAAUCCGACGAUAAUUGCACCAACGUGGACAAACUGAUGAAACUCUACUACCUGCCUGUCAUGUACAGUGUAAUUUUCACUGUGGGGCUGCUGGGUAACGUUACCUCCAUCGCCAUCUACCUGGCCAAGCUACGACCCUGGAAGUCAAGCAGUAUCAUCAUGGUCAACCUGGCAUUGACGGAUCUUCUGUAUGUUCUGAGUCUGCCUUUCCUGGUCUACUACUACACCCACGGUGAAUCCUGGACCCUGGGCGAAUUCAUGUGUCGCUUUGUGCGUUUCGGGUUCCACUUUAACCUAUAUGGUAGUAUACUGUUUCUCACCUGUUUGGCUGUGUUUCGAUAUGUAGUCUUGGCGCAUCCUCUGAGGACGGCGCAGGUGCAGCAGAAGAGGUGGGGUAUCUUGGCGUGCGCCGCGGUCUGGGCUAUAGCCGGGGCGGAGAUUGUGCCCAUGCUCACCAUGAUCACCAUGGAGAAUAAAAACAACAAGACCACCUGUUGGGACUUUGCUAGCAACGACCUGGUUGUAGUGUGGUGGUACGGCUGGCUGCUGACCGUGCUGGGCUACCUGCUGCCCCUGGUGGUGGUUGUGGUGUGUUACGCCGGUAUCGCCCGGGAACUAGCCAAGGGGCCCCACACCCACAGCCCUUGCCGGGUACGGGCACGCCGCCUCACCGUACUGAUCCUGGUGGUGUUCGUGGUAUGCUUCCUGCCGUACCACGUCCUGAGGAUCCUAAGAAUAGACACCAGAAGGAAGCCUGAGUCGUCAUGUAUGCUGGUGAACUGGGUCCACGCCGCUUAUAUCAUAUCCAGGCCCAUAGCGGGGCUCAACACCUUCUUUAACCUGGGUCUGUACACGCUGGCCGGGGACAAGUUCCAGCAGGCCUUCCUCAGUGUGUUCCCCUGGGGCCUCUGGUGGACCAAGUUCAGGACUCACCUCAAACUCAGCCUAGCUGUCGUCAGUAAGCCCAGUAACACAGCUUCAGCCGAAAGGACAGUAGCCACGGAUAUGGACAUCCAUUGA